CCUUUGUAUGUAAAUACUGGGUAAAAAAGGCUCGCCCCGUCUUUGCAAUUAAUUGACACGUUACACCUCUCAUCUUGCUCUAGAGGGCCGUUGGCUGGGAGCGCGGAGCUCCCCAAAACCCACAAUUUCACAUCUGCAAAUACUGUCUUCAUCCACUUGACUUCCAAGACCCGCCCACACGUGUCCAACCUUUGCGUUUUAAUGUCUCCCCCCCUUUUUUUUUUCCACCCUUCUCUCGCUCCCUCUCUGGCUCCCCCUCCCUCCCUCUCUUUCCCUCCCUUUCUCCCCCUCUUCUCCCCCCUCUCCCCAGGUUCGUGAGUGGAGCCCAGCCUUAUAUGGACUGAUCGCUCGGGCAAUGGCCCAUUUUUUCCUCGCCACCAGCCGCCACCGCGCGCCGAGCGGCCGCCGGAGCCCGAGCUGACGCCUCCUUGGCACCCCUCCUGGAGUUACAAACUAGGGCCCGGCCCGCAGCGCUCGGCGCACUGGCCCGCCCAGUCCCCGCGUCCAUUUCAGCGUGGUUUCAGAGAAGACACAGGCGUUGCUUUUGGCCUUUUUUUCUCCCCUACCCUUCCUUAUAGUUUCUUUCGCUUUUUUAAAAUAAUAAUUAUCUCAAUAAUUAAAGCCCACCCCCUCCUCCCCUCCCCCUAUCCCUCCCCCCCCAUACCCCCUCCCCGCCCCAACUGGGGAGCGCCACGAAUUGACCAAGUGAAGCUACAACUUUGCUGCAUAAAUUGCGGGGUCCUGAGCCAUGUCGCUGACCAACACAAAGACGGGGUUUUCGGUCAAGGACAUCUUGGACCUGCCGGACACCAACGAUGAGGAGGGCUCGGUGGCCGAAGGGCCAGAGGAGGAGAGCGAGGGGCCGGAGCCCGCCAAGAGGGCCGGACCGCUGGGGCAGGGCACCCUGGACACGGUGCAGAGCCUGCCCCUGAAGAACCCCUUCUACGACAGCAGCGACAACCCAUAUACGCGCUGGCUGGCCAGCACCGAGGGCCUCCAGUACUCCCUGCAUGGGCUGGCGGCCGGCGCGGCGCCCCAGGACUCAAGCUCCAAGUCCCCGGAGCCCUCGGCCGACGAGUCACCGGACAAUGACAAGGAGACCCCGGGCGGCGGGGGGGACGCGGGCAAGAAGCGGAAGCGGCGGGUGCUCUUCUCCAAGGCGCAGACCUAUGAGCUGGAACGGCGCUUCCGGCAGCAGCGGUACCUGUCGGCGCCCGAGCGCGAGCACCUGGCCAGCCUCAUCCGCCUCACGCCCACGCAGGUCAAGAUCUGGUUCCAGAACCACCGCUACAAGAUGAAGCGCGCCCGGGCGGAGAAAGGUAUGGAGGUGACACCCCUGCCCUCGCCGCGCCGGGUGGCCGUGCCCGUUUUGGUCAGGGACGGCAAACCGUGCCACGCGCUCAAAGCCCAGGACCUGGCAGCCGCCACCUUCCAGGCGGGCAUCCCCUUUUCGGCCUACAGCGCGCAGUCUCUGCAGCACAUGCAGUACAACGCCCAGUACAGCUCAGCCAGCACCCCCCAGUACCCGACAGCACACCCCCUUGUCCAGGCCCAGCAGUGGACUUGGUGAGCGCCGCCCCUCCGAGACUCGCGGCCCUAGGCCCAGGCCCCACCCCGGCGGCGGCGGCGGCGGCGGCGGCGAGGAGGACUCGGUCCUUACGGUGGUUAUUAUUAUUAUUAUUAUUAUAACUAUUAUUCUGGAGUCGAGCUGACUCUUGGCUCCGUUGGGGAGGCGCCGGGAGGUUGCCUGAGACUCCCUGGAGUGGCAGAUUCCAUCCACGCAGCUCUGCCCCAUCCCUCUCUCUUUCGGAACCUUUGGAGAGGGCUGAACUCUAAGCCGUGUUUACAGAAUGUUUGCGCAGCUUCGCUUCUUUGCCUCCCCCCGGGGGGGGGGGGGAACCAAAUCGUCCCAGCGAUAGCGUCCUCACUUGAGAAGGAGAAAAAGACCAACACACCCCCCCUCCCCGCUUUUGUGAAUUUUGUAAAAUAUGUUUGUGUGAGUAGCGAUAUUGUCAGCCGUCUUCUUCUAAAGCAAGUGGAGAACACUUUAAAAAUAUAGAGAAUUUUUUCCUCCUUUUUUUUUUAUAAGAAAAUGCUAAAUAUUUAUGGCCAUGUAAACGUUCUCACAACUGGUGGCAGAUUUCACUUUUCGUUGUAAAUAUCGGUGGUGAGUGUUGCCAAAAUGAUCUUCAGUGCGGGCCUGUUCUCCCUCGGGGCCCAUCUCCUUUCUUUGUGGUUUGUUUUUGGUUUGCUUCUGUUUGGUUACUCCUGCUUUCUUUUCUUUUUAUACUUUGUUCAGUGCAAACAUUUCUCAAAUAUGAAAAAGAAAAAAAUGUGUAGGCGAGAAGCCCCCUGCCCCAUCUCCGGGUCCUGAGCCCCGGAACUUGGAGCUCAGCGGUUCCGUGCGGUUCCCCAAGAGCGCCGGGCGCUGAAAGCUUUCGAUUUUUUAAAUAAGAAUUUUAAUAAAAAUCCUGUGUUUAAAAAAACCAA